CUCCUUCUCUUCUCCCCCCAACUCAUCUUCCCCCUCCUUUCGUUCGAAUUUCUCCCUGGUUCAUACCUGGGAGCAGGGGCUGCCGUCAAGAUGGAUCCCAACAACAACAAUAACCGCAUGAACAUAAACUACGGGUACAAUGACCGCAACUACAACGCGGCCAACAACCGCGCCUAUCCCACCACCCCCUCCGCCUUCCCUCAGCCCAUCUAUCAGACUCAGGGGGCCCAGGACUAUGUCGAUCCCUCCAAUCCUGCCUACGCACCCGGAUACUUCAUGGCCCAGCCCUACCCCGCGCAGGCCCAGUAUGCUCAACAGCAGCAACAGCAGCAACAGCAGUACGCGCAGCAGCAGGCCCUGCAAUCGCCCCAGCCCGCGUAUCAGACCCGCGUGGGCUACGCCAACGAUGGAACAAAUGGUUUGAUUCAGCAGUUCUCCAACCAGGAUCUCAACGCCAACCGUGGAGGCUUCUUCAACCGGGCGGCCUCCCCCGCUUCUCGCCCUCGAACUGCUGGAGGAUCUCCUGCUGGCCAGGCGCAGGCCGCGCACUUGGCCCCUCCAGUGCCUCGCAGCCCUCGCCCACCGGCGGAGAAUGAGGAGUUGCAGCGACUCCCUGAUCGCUACUCGGAGAAUGUGCACAAGCGCGGCAAGGCCGCAAAGGAGUUGGUGACGGUCUUCUUCCACGAGAACAUUGAGCGGGCCCGGGAUCGCAACAUGCGUUCCGUCGACCUUGACAAGACUCUCCAAGACCCGAACAUUCCUUCCACCAAGAAGCGCCAAGAGGCUGAGGGUAUCUCCAAGAGAGAGUCAGACUUCCUUCGAUUCCUCCGUACCAAGGAGACCCCUCAGAACUUCCAGACCAUCAAGAUCAUCGGCAAGGGUGCUUUCGGUGAAGUGAAGUUGGUGCAGCGCAAGACGGACGGCAAGAUCUACGCCCUCAAGUCUCUAAUCAAGUCCGAGAUGUUCAAGAAGGACCAGUUGGCCCACGUCCGUGCGGAGCGUGAUAUCCUGGCAGACUCGAAGGACAACCCAUGGCUGGUCAAGUUGCACGCCUCAUUCCAGGAUGCGGCGUACCUGUACUUGCUCAUGGAGUUCUUGCCUGGUGGUGAUCUUAUGACGAUGCUCAUCAAGUACGAGAUUUUCUCCGAGGAUAUUACUCGGUUCUACAUGGCUGAGGUGGUAAUGGCUAUCGAGGCUGUUCACAAACUUGGGUUCCUUCACCGUGACAUCAAACCGGACAACAUUCUGCUUGACCGCGGCGGUCAUGUCAAGCUUACCGAUUUCGGUCUUUCAACCGGUGGCAAGAAGACUCAUGACAACGCGUAUUACCAGAACCUCCUUAAGAACUCUACAUCAAAGGACCGGAACCGUAACUCCGGUUACUUCAACGACGCCAUCAACUUGACUGUUUCGAACCGUGGCCAGAUCAACACCUGGCGAAAGUCUCGUCGCGCCAUGGCGUACUCAACUGUUGGAACACCCGACUACAUUGCGCCUGAGAUCUUCAAUGGUCAAGGUUACACCUAUCUGUGCGAUUGGUGGUCCGUGGGUGCUAUUAUGUUCGAGUGUCUUGUUGGCUGGCCUCCUUUCUGUGCUGAGGAUACCACCGACACUUACCGCAAGAUAGUGAAUUGGCGUGAGUGUCUGUACUUCCCCGACGAGCUGGUUCUCUCUCGCGAGUCUGAGUCGUUGAUCCGAAGCUUCUUGUGUGACCCUGAGCACCGUAUUGGUAGCGAGGGUGGUCAGCACGGUGGUGCAACUCAAAUCAAGAACCACCCAUUCUUCCGCGGUGUUGUGUGGGACCAGCUGCGCAGCAUUCGCGCACCCUUCGAGCCCAGACUGAGCUCGAACAUUGACGUGUCAUACUUCCCGAUUGACGAGAUUCCCCAGGAGGAUACUAGCGCCAUUCACCGUGCUCAGGCUCGGGCCAUGCCAGACUCUCAGGAGGCCGAGAUGAGCUUGCCCUUCAUCGGCUACACCUACAAGGCCUUUAAUGCCUUCCAAAGUACUUAGGGGCCGUCAGUCACUCUUUGAAGAAUCUCAACCGGUGGGAAUUUUGCCAGGAAAGACCGAGAGAAGCAGCGGGGCUUGCACACUUUUAUUCUUUCUAGCAAAUGCCCUGUCUCGGCUGAGGCUUGGAAUGUUUUCAUUUCUUCGCCACGAAUCGUUAUUCAGCAUAUCAAGCGCGAUGUUUUCCGAAUCAUGACCCCGAGCGCCGUCUUUUGCUUUUAGUUGUCGAUAUCUUAAGCUUCGCGGGGCUAGAGCUAUCUGGUAUGAUUACAUACCCUCAUGUUGUUACUUGAUCUGGGGAAAGGGGCCAACCAAGGAUCAGAUAUUCCUUGCAUUUUAGGUCGUGAUUUGCAUAUUCAUAGUUUAUCAAAACAAAAAAAGAUCCUAUGUUAUGACAUGUGCGGAUAUAGAUCGAGAUA